AUGAGUCUUAAUUGCUUAAAGGGCAUGAAGAGAACAGAUUCAGACACCGAGAUGAGAGAUACAUUGUGCCAAGAGAAGGCUAAUAUUCACAGGUUUUUGACCCGGAUCGAGAGAAGCUGGUCCGGGAACAUUGGCGAGGCACCUAAUUUUGGCAAAAUGAGAACAGGUUCGAGUCUGAUGGCUGACCCAAAGGCGAAGGUGGAUCAUCCUUAUAGGACGCGUCAUAGCGCACCUGCUCAUGCGUUUGAUGCAGCCUCACCGAGAUUGGUGAGGAGCAGUGGGAUGAGAAGGGAUUGGAGCUUUGAGGAUCUGAGAAGAGGAGUGCAGGGAUAUUAA